AUGGAGGUUGAAUCACUGGGUGGAAGCAGAUAUUUUCUGACUUUCAUUGAUGAUGCUUCUCGAAAGGUGUGGGUAUAUUUCCUGAAUACGAAGGACCAGGUGUUUGAGUACUUCAAGGAAUUUCACGUCAUGGUGGAACGUGAAACAGGAAAGAAGCUGAAAUGUCUCCGAUCUGAUAAUGGAGGCAAGUAUACUUCCAAGGAGUUCGAUGCAUAUUGCAUAACAUAUGGCAUUCGACAUGAGAAGUCAGUACCACGUACCCCUCAGCACAACGGUGUUGCUGAAAGAAUGAAUCGGACUAUCACGGAGCGUGUCCGAAGCAUGAUGAACAUGGCUAAAUUACGAAAGCCAUUUUGA